GCAUCUACGUCUCGCCUUCCCUGCCUCUUGUGACCACCUCGCGACGUGUUGUGUCGGGUCUUUUCGGGCCAACCCUCACCCAUUUGCUUCAUUCUUUAAAAAAAACCCUCAGACACCUAGUGAAUCCACGAUAAGUGGGGAAUCCAAAGUGCGAAAGACAUUUUGAGAACAAGCAUCCCGUCACCGCGCAGUGAUUUGCAUCAGCUGGACAGUGAAUUUGGGACAGCGGAACGAGACAACUCUGGUGUUUUUUUCUUUACUCCUCUGGGCUUUGCACGCUGGAUCACGAGUUUGUGUGUGUGCAGUUUGAUGGCCGCGUCUCGACGCCUUAUUUUAUUAUUCGCGUGAGAGAGCCGACAAAACACGGAUUUAACCCCGUGGGGAGGUGAAUUGCAAACGUCCGGACGCGAGCGACAUUGGUGCCUUGACGUAGUUGAAAAAUUGUGCUCAAGAAUUUCAAGUGGAGAACAAGUGGAUUAUCCGUUUUCGAUUUUUCUCAUUCGCGUGGUAUUUUCGGUGAUCGAGAGAAUCUCGACGACUAGGGGAGUGAGGAGAGACAGGUCGAUCGAAGGUGGGCGGGGCGGGGAGAACGAAAAGUGUUUCAUAGGUGACGAUUGAGGGAGAAAUUGGUGCAGGAGGAACAGGGGAGAGAGGACAUGCUUGGUCAACACAAAUGACGGAACGUAGUAGAGACGGACAGGAGGGGAGACCGUGGUUUCAGUUAUCGCCAAGGCUGACCUAGCACAAAGCUGCGCGAUGCAUCGGCGAUUGGGACACAGCAAUUACGAUGGAAAAAUCGCUGGUCUUUAUGACCUUGAGGAGACACUGGGUCGUGGUCACUUUGCCGUUGUCAAAUUGGCUCGUCAUGUUUUUACGGGAGAAAAAGUUGCUGUGAAGGUUAUUGAUAAGAGCAAAUUGGAUGAGGUAUCGAGAGCUCAUCUCUUUCAGGAGGUAAGAUGUAUGAAGCUGGUGCAGCAUCCCAACGUCGUUCGACUUUACGAAGUCAUAGACACCCAGACAAAGCUCUACCUCAUUCUGGAGCUGGGCGACGGUGGAGACCUUUACGACUACAUCAUGCGUCAUGACAGCGGUCUAACCGAGGAGCUAGCAAGAACGUACUUCAGGCAGAUUGUGAGAGCUAUCUCGUACUGCCACCGUCUUCACGUUGUACACAGGGAUUUGAAGCCCGAGAAUGUUGUAUUCUUCGAGAAACUUGGUACAGUAAAACUCACGGAUUUUGGCUUCAGUAAUAGAUUUUGUCCGGGACAAAAAUUGGAGACAUCGUGCGGUUCAUUGGCUUACUCGGCACCGGAGAUUCUUCUCGGUGAUAGUUAUGAUGCACCAGCAGUUGAUGUGUGGUCCCUUGGUGUCAUCCUCUACAUGCUAGUUUGUGGCCAGGCACCAUUUCAAGAAGCCAACGACAGUGAAACAUUAACCAUGAUAAUGGAUUGUAAAUAUUCCAUACCAUCGCAUGUAUCAGAGGAGUGCAAGAGACUGAUAGCAAGAAUGUUGGUGCGGGAGCCUGAAGGCAGAGCAACCCUUGAGGAAAUAGCUGCUGAUCCCUGGCUCGGUAUAUCAACAGACACCGAUUCUGACACGGUUGAGGCACUACCUCUUGUAUCGAGGCAGCAAGUAUCCGAGGAGCAUCACAAUUUAAUUAUAACUAAAAUGGUCAAUGGUAAUAUUGCAACGAAGGAGGAGAUACUUGAUGCACUCGACAAAAACGAGUAUAAUCAUAUCACAGCAACGUAUUUUCUACUGGCGGAACGUAAAUUGCGUGCUCAAAGGCAAGAGCUUGUUGCCAUGACUCGUCCUGAAUUGUUGAACGUCAGUUCACGUAGAACCCACGAUCUCAACGUAAACGAUCUCCGAGUCGAUCAAAACUCCCUAGGCAGUGUAAAUCAAUCACUCUUGACAGUCCCCCGGACCCCAGGAGAUCUACCCCAGAACGUUCGAACUCGCAAAUGCAGUAUCGUCCAGGAAGAGGAGGAUGAGGACGAUGUGUCCUCGUGUUCAGGCCGUGAUGAGCACGGCAGUAAUUCAGCGUUGAGCGCCUUAAAUCGACGGGGUUCGCGAUCAGAGGGAAAGCUCUCUCACCUCCUCCAGGAGCGUUUGUCACAACUAUCGGAGAAGCACUUGCUGAAGCAAUCAGUUCGUCCUCUUCAGGAAACAAAGACAUCACCGAGUCACACGUUCACUGUCAUCAGAGUGGAUGAUACGAAGGGUCAGGAGCCACCAAAACCCUGGCGUGGAGUUACUGACCCAGAGGGAAGGCCCAAAUCCCUGACAGAGGCGGUUAAAUCGGGGAAUAAAUGGCGAAACGAGCGUACACCAAUGUCGGACAAUUCCAGAAAAGUGGAUAAUUACAAUCUUCAAACAGCAACGACAAUUCUCAUUGAAUCAUCAACAGCUCCAUCACCUCUUCGUUCUCGUCAUACUGACACUGAACCUAAAUACAAGACAAUGCCAUCACCAGUGACAACAGAGCCAGACAAGACGUUGAAGGAGAUUCUGGAAGAUGGUGAUGGUUGUGAAACAAAGCCUGAUGAGACGACAGCCAAAUGCAGAGUUGUGAGGAGAAUAGGGUACGAGCAAAAACGCAAUAAAUUUCAUAAAACACGAACGACAUCGUGCUCGAGUUCAGACGCUAGUGAUGAUGACAGUGAGAGCAGGAAGAAGAGAGCUCACAAACUUGGCGCUACACCUGGUAAACCCCUUCCCUCGAGAAGAGACAGUCACGACGAUUCAAGUGACUCACAGGAGCCAGGGGGCAACUGUGGUGGUACUAGAGCAUUCAAUAAUGGUGAUAAUGUCCAGGAGACAGCCACCACAAACACGACAACUGGGAGUAAUCAGGGGGGCACGACAAACACUUCAACGUCGUCAGGUGGUGGUAAAUCCCAGGGUAACAGUGAUAAUCAGGCCUUGUCAUUCAGCAGAAGACACAGAGCUGGGAGGAGAAGAGCGGGUGAAACACGAUUACGUGAGAGUCAAUCAUUAAACCGCAUAACCGAAGUGCAGGAGGCAGAAACACCUGUUUGUCACUCGGUGGCUAAAACAAUUGUUAAUCAGUCUGUAUCGUCGUCGUCCUCAUCGUCAUCAGUGAGAACAGUGACGAUUAAUGGGGCUGUGCAAAUGUCACAGACAACGGUCCAGAGGGCUAAGGGCUUUGGUGCUAGACUCCUGCAGGGCUGGAAUUUGACAAAGGGCAGCACAGACGUUUAUAGUGAUGAUAAACACGAGGAGACUAAUAGGGAUGACAAGAAAUUCAGUGUCUCCGAUAAGGAGAAUCGAGGAUCUGUGAAUAAAAGCGAUUGUAAGAGCCGCAAAAUCAGGCUUUUAACAAGAUACUUUGCUGUACACAAGAAACUCUGUGUACCUCUGCCAGGUUUCUUCGGCAAAGGAAAAAGCUCUCUCUACAAGGCACGUUCCUGUGGUAAUAUUUCCAAGGAUAGGGUGUCACCACCUUCACCGAAGUCCAUGCUACUUUGUGCAUCUGAGGAUAAAUGGAGGGGACAGUGGUGCGAUAAGCAACAUCAGCAUCGUGGCAGUGAUGGAGAUAUAAAUCAGAAUCUUGGGCUCGCGCAGUUUGUUCAGGAGAGUGUUAUGGGAAAAGGAUGCACUGGGUUACCUCCCAUCUGUCAUAUACACCUGGGUGAUGCAUCCAAGUGCUGCAGUCUGUGUUGAUGGUUGACUGGAUUUUAAAAUGAGGACAAGUGCAAUAAUUGUGCGGUAACUUUGACUCUCUGUUAGACAACGACUUGUUUAUUUAGUCCUCGUCGUUAUGACGUUCGACAGACGUCAGUGAAGACCAUUUAGGAUUUAUAGGCAGGGGAGAAAAUGAUCGAGAUCUUUGGGGGCUUUUUUAUAGAACGAUCAAAGCGCAGAUCGAUGUAUCUAGUCCACGAGAGAGACGGAACUGUAUUUUUUAUCAUUGCAGAGUUUAUUACCAUUAAUUUUGUGUUUAUUGAUGGAUUUUCUUCUUUUUUUAAAGUAUUAGUGUGUAAUAUAGAGGGUGUAGGGAGAUAUCGUGGUAGUGGUUGUCCUUAGUAUCAGCUCUUUGAUUUACAAACUCGCUCGUUUUCUCUCACUGCGAUGGCGCCGUGGUUUUUCUACCCUUCUGUUGAAAAAUAAUUAUUAUUCCUCCGUCCCUCGGUGCUUCCUCGUUUUCACCCUCCCCCCCCCCCUCGCCCCUCUUCGCUCGACUCUCUUCUCUCUACUCGUAAGUAAAAAUGUAAAUUAAUAACGUUGAGGCAUUGGUGCUGUUUUUUUUUCAAAUGCAAGCUUCCAAGUGGUCUCAAAUUUAUCAAUGACCUGCGUGGAUUUAUGCACUCGCGAAAAAGAAUUGUUCAGUUCGCACUGAUGAGGGUAAUUCGUUUUAGCAAGAUGCUUGUUUAUGGAAAUGAAGAUUAUUUAUCCGGAUAAAUGUUGAAUUAUUGAGACCUCGUGGUGGAUGUUAAAUUUAUUUAGAGAUAUUUAUAGGACAGAAUUGGGAAAUAUGAUUUAACUUGAGGUCAUCUUCAGUAGGGGAAUUUUUGAUUUUAUGAUUUUAAAAUUAUUGUGUGUCAUAUUGAACAGAAUUUACGAUCAAUACUUAUUUUAUUUAUUUCAUUGAUUCUGGUAGAUGAUUGUCCUCAUCUUUACAUAAAUAAUAGCAGUCGGAGAUCCAAGUUGAAAUGACUAAAUAAUUACAGCUAGUGUAAUUAUUUCUCUAAUAUUCUGGGAGCCUCUCGGCACAAGAAACGCUCAAUUCAGUUGUAAUUUGAUUGGAAGAAUGGAUGACCUGGUAUUCGCUACAAAAUCGAAUCACGUUGAAAAUUCAAUAGGAAAUGAUAGUUUCAUAUUAAAUUAUCUCGGUAAAAUGAAUUUAUCCUGGCAGUGCAGGUAUGACGAACAUUGGGGAAGAAAAGGAUGAAAUAGUUAAUGAGAGGAUAAAAAAUUAAUGCAGCUGUCUCGAUAUUGUUUUGUACAUUGUUUAGGUAGUCUCAUCUCAUCUCACCCCAUCCUCUAGUAGUCUGGAGAACAAAAACAUGAUAAAACUAGAGAAAAAAAAAAUACAACGUUAUAAUAAAAACCAUAAAAUCUGCGUGCAAUUACCCGAGUGUUUUUGUUGGCCACUGCUCUGCGGACCCGUUACAUUCUCAUUUCUCCCCUUUCCCCCGAAUUUUUUAUAUGCAUAAAAAAAGUAAAAUAAUAUGGAAUGCAGCGGUGGGCCGUUAUACUCCUUGCACGAACACAAGGAUGUUUAUAUGUACCUAUUGUCGAAUUAUAAUAAUUACCUACAUGUAUGUACCGAGCCAGACGUUUAUCUAGAAAUAAUACAACAUUUAUUUAUUAUAACAAAA